AUGACCAAAGAAGCCGCAGCCACGGCCUCUAUCGAAGACGAUAAGAAAAAUGUCAGCCACUCCGAGCAAGAGGAAGGCAUGGCCGAUACCAUGACCGCAGAGGAACGAUUUGUCGAUUCCUUCCCAGAGAAGCAGAAGAAGAAGUUGUUGCGCAAGAUGGACCUGCACAUAAUUCCAUGCCUCAUUCUCCUCUAUCUCAUGUCAUACAUUGACCGCGCCAAUAUCGGCAACGCGAAGAUUGAAGGAAUGAACGAGGAUCUUGGGCUCACCGGCAACCAAUACAACGUGGUCCUAUCUAUCUUCUUCGUCACCUACAUUAUCUUCGAAAUGCCGAGCAACUUUAUUCUCGAAAACUACUUCCACAACCGACCCUCUUGGUGGAUUGGCAUCAUCACCGUGGCCUGGGGCAUUCUCAUGACGCUGCAUGGAAUCGUCCAAAAUUAUGGUGGAAUUCUCACAGUACGCUUGUUGAUGGGCGUGUUCGAAGCAGGCUUGUUCCCGGGUGCAAUCCUGUUCAUGAACAAGUGGUACACCAAGUACGAACUAGCGACGAGAUUUUCCCUCUUCUACGUAGGCUCGGCUCUUUCCGGCGCCUUCUCCGGACUUUUGGCCUACGCCUUUUCUCUCAUGGAUGGCGUUUCCGGCGUCGCAGGCUGGCUCAGCGAAGAGGAGCAGCGCUACCUGACCACUCGCAUGACCCUCCAAGACGGCGGCGCCAAGCUCCAAAAGGCUGGUUCGCACUUUAGCUGGAGCCUCCUGUGGGACGUCGUGUCGGAUUGGCAAUUCUACAUCAUGGUCUUCAACUACUGGUCCAACACGGUGCCCACGUACGGCCUCAAGUUUACCAUGCCCCAGAUCAUGAAGAACAUGGGCUUCACCAACAGCAAUGCCCAGCUGAUGACCGUACCUCCCUAUGUAGCAGGCGCUAUUAGCGCGUACUGCUUUGGACGCCUCUCCGACAAGUUCAAGCGACGAUCCUAUUUCCUCAUCAUCCCCCAAUCCAUGCUCAUCGUCGCCUACUCCAUCCUCACUCCCCUAGCCCCCAAGAUCAAGGACAACAUCGGCGCUUGUUAUUUCGCCAUCGUUCUCGCCAGCAUCGGUCUGUACCCUAUCAACCCCGGCUCCAGCUCCUGGAUCAGCAACAACCUGGCCGGCCCCGCCAAGCGUGCCCUUGGCAUUGCCUACAUGACGUCGCUCACCAACUUGGGCGGCAUCGGCGCAUCCUACAUUUUCAUCGACUCCGAAAGCCCCGCCUACCCUACCGGAUUCGGCACGUCUUUGGCCUUUGGCGCCUUGGGAAUUGUGGCAUCCGUGACCCUCGACGUGAUUUAUAUCCGCAUUAACAAGAGGAGGAGCGAGAUUUCAGAGGCAGAGGUCCGUGAGAAGUACUCCGAUGAGGACCUCGCCGUCCUCGGAGACAAGUCUCCGUUGUUCCGAUACACUCUCUAA